AUGGACGGCACGGACAACGCCACCCUGCUCUUCGGCCCGUCCUCGCUGCAGCCGGACAACUACACCUUGUCGCCCAACGCCAGCAGCCUGAGCCCCGGCCCGGACGCCGCCCUCGCGCCUGCCUCCAGCGCCGGCCUCAGCCCCGGGCUCAGCGUCUCGCCGGGACCCGGCGUCCGUUUCAGCCCCGGCCCCACUGCAGCCCCGGCGCCGACGGCGGGCAGCUUCGAGGGCGGCGCGGCCGGCCCGAGCCCUACCCUGUUCGCUCAGCCCGAGGCCGCCCACGAGCCCCCGUUCUGGGACACGCCGCUGAACCACGGGCUGAACGUGUUCGUGGGCGCCGCCCUGUGCAUCACCAUGCUGGGCCUGGGCUGCACGGUGGACGUGAACCACUUCGGGGCGCACGUCCGCCGGCCGGUGGGCGCGCUGCUGGCCGCGCUCUGCCAGUUCGGCUUCCUGCCGCUGCUGGCCUUCCUGCUGGCGCUGGUCUUCUCCCUGGACGGGUCGGCCGCCGUGGCGGUGCUUCUGUGUGGCUGCUGUCCCGGCGGGAAUCUCUCCAACCUCAUGUCCCUGCUGGUUGACGGCGACAUGAACCUCAGCAUCAUCAUGACCAUCUCCUCCACGCUGCUGGCCCUGGUCUUGAUGCCCCUGUGCCUGUGGAUCUACAGCUGGGCUUGGAUCAACACUCCUCUGGUGCAAUUACUGCCCAUAGGGACAGUGAUCCUGACUCUCUGCAGCACUCUCAUCCCUAUUGGUUUGGGCGUCUUCAUUCGCUAUAAGUACAACCGGGUGGCUGACUACAUUGUGAAGGUUUCCCUGUGGUCUCUGCUAAUGACACUGGUGAUCCUUUUCAUAAUGACCUGCACUAUGUUAGGACCCGAACUGCUGGCAACUAUUCCUGCAGCUGUUUACGUAGUAGCGAUUUUUAUGCCUUUGGCAGGCUACGCCUCAGGCUAUGGCUUAGCUACUCUCUUCCAUCUUCCACCCAACUGCAAGAGGACUGUGUGCCUGGAAACAGGGAGCCAGAACGUGCAACUCUGUACCGCCAUUCUAAAACUGGCCUUUCCACCACAAAACAUAGGAAGUAUGUACAUGUUUCCCCUGCUUUAUGCCCUUUUCCAGUCUGCAGAAGCAGGGAUUUUUGUUUUAGUGUAUAAAAUAUAUGGGAGUGGAAUAUUGCACAAGCAAGAUCCUCUGGAUGAAGAUGAAGAUACAGAUAUUUCUUAUAAGAAACUAAAAGAAGAGGAAAUGGCAGACACUUCCUAUGGCACAGUGAAAGCAGAUAAUUUAAUUUUGAUGGAAACCACUCAGACUUCGCUCUAA